CUGCAGUGACAAUUAGUGACAAUUUAGCGAUUGAUAUGGAAGGUUUUGGUUGUUGAAAGUUGUUAGCCAAUAACCUAAACGUAGUUCGAAGUGUAGUCCACAUUUCAGGAAGCCAUCGGAAGAACUAUAUGUCGUGGCAAAGAUGACGGAAGCAUUGAAGAAAGUCGCUUUAUUAAUAUUGUCGGAAAAAUGUAUGGAGGAAUACUUUGAAGAGUACAAUUUUCUUGAUGUGGGAUGUUUCAAGGCGACCCUCAGCAAAUGCCUAGGCCUCGCAAUUAUUUGUGGCUCCUUUCUCGUCAAGGUCCCACAAGUUUUAAAAAUUUUAAAGAGCAAAAGUGCACAAGGCAUUAAUUUUGUAAGUGUAUUGUUAGACUUGCUUGCCAUCACUUCAAUGGUGUCUUACAGCUUUGUCAGCGGCUUUCCAUUCAGUUCUUGGGGGGAUGGAGUUUUCUUAGGGUUACAAACAUUAGCAAUUGCAGUUUUAGUGUUACACUUUAAUGGUAAUACUACUUAUGCAGCCGUAUUUUUUAUUGCUUAUGUAGCAAUUGUAGCUGAAGCUGUGAGCGGUAGGACCCCAACGAACGUACUUUGGGGAUGCCAAACAAUGAACAUACCCAUUGUUCUUAUUAGUAAGUUUAUACAAGCCUACACAAAUUAUUCCUAUGGAAGUACUGGUCAGUUAUCAGCAGUAACUGGUUUUAUGCUGUUCUUUGGAUCUCUAGCAAGAAUAUUUACUUCUGUUCAAGAAACAGGAGAUACCUCAAUGAUAGUAAUGUAUACAUGCUCCACGUUCGCAAAUGCGGUAAUCGCAUUCCAAAUUUUAUACUACUGGAACGUAAAAUUAUCUUCCAAAGAAAAAGCAAAGAAGGCUGAAUAGUAAUGUUGUCAAAUAAUACGUACUUUAAUGGUGUCGGCAUCCGAAGUAGAGCAACGAAUGAAAAAUACCAAGCGGGCGCAGGGCUAACGAUAGGUGAAAAGCUUCUUUUCACGAAAAAAAUACAAAUAUCUGUAAAAUUUUAAUCGUUAAUGUAAUUAGACAAAAGAUUAUCGUUCCAUCGACAAAACGAUAAUCCACUCUACAUUGAAUUUCCCCCGCAUUUUUGUAUUAUGUAAAAUGCAAAUAAAAAUGUUAUGAAACUCGAA